GGCGAGUCUCUAAACAUCAGACAGUGAGUGACCUGGGGACACACAGCUACAGCUAUGAACUACCCCUUAGCCCUGGACAUGGACUUCAUAAACGACAACCUGGAGGACCUGGAGUUGGGUAACUACAGCGACAGCACGGAGACCUCCCCGGUGGAAAACCACAUCUGCUCCACAGUCGAAGGACCCCUCCUCACCUCCUUCAAGGCCGUGUUCAUGCCCGUGGCCUAUGGCCUCAUCUUCCUCCUGGGCAUGAUGGGCAACAUCCUGGUGCUGGUCAUCCUGGAGCGGCACCGGCAGACACGCAGCUCCACGGAGACCUUCCUGUUCCACCUGGCGGUGGCUGACCUCCUAUUGGUCUUCAUCCUGCCCUUUGCUGUGGCUGAGGGCUCUGUGGGCUGGGUCCUAGGCACCUUCCUCUGCAAAACUGUGAUUACUCUGCACAAGAUCAACUUCUACUGCAGCAGCCUACUCCUGGCCUGCAUCGCUGUGGACCGCUACCUGGCCAUAGUCCACGCUGUCCACGCCUACCGACACCGCCGCCUGCUCUCCAUCCACAUUACCUGUGCGGUCAUCUGGCUGGCAGGCUUCUUCUUCGCCUUGCCAGAGAUCCUCUUCGCCAAAGUCAGCCAACCCCAUCACAAUGACUCUCUGCCACGCUGCACCUUUUCCCAAGAAAACCAAGCCGAAACCAAUGCCUGGUUUACCUCCCGCUUCCUCUACCAUUUCGGAGGAUUCCUGCUGCCAAUGCUGGUGAUGGGCUGCUGCUACGUAGGGGUGGUGCACAGGCUGUGCCAGGCCCAGAGGCGCCCUCAGCGGCAGAAGGCAGUCAGGGUGGCCAUCCUGGUGACGAGUGUCUUCUUUCUCUGCUGGUCACCCUACCACAUCGUCAUUUUCCUGGACACACUGUCCAGGCUGAAAGCCAUUGGCAAUAGCUGUGAGCUGAAUGGCUAUCUCUCUGUGGCCAUCACCCUGAGUGAAUUCCUGGGCCUGGCCCACUGCUGCCUCAAUCCCAUGCUCUACACUUUCGCCGGAGUGAAGUUCCGUAGUGACCUGUCACGGAUUCUGACCAAGCUGGGCUGUGCCGGCCCUGCUUCCCUUUGCCAGUUCUUCCCUAGUUGGCGCAAGAACAGUCUCUCUGAGUCAGAGAAUGCCACUUCCCUCACCACCUUCUAGGUCCCAGCCUCCCUUUGUUUCUGCCUUCCUUGGGGGAUACACUGAUGCUGGAACCCCUUCCAAUAGGAGCUGGGAUCCUAAGAGCUUACUGUGGUUCGUGUCCUCAAAUGGGACAGCAAGAUGAACCAAGCUUUCUCUCCGGGACAUCCCUGCCAGCUCUUCUCCUCCCACCCUCAGGGCUAGGCUAGAUAGAGCCCAGGGAGGCGAAAGCAGCCCACAGGAAAGCAAACGAUACCCAUGCCCAUCUGCAUCACCCUGGGCUGAGAGGACCACACUUUCUCUCAUCUUAACCAUCCAAAGCUGAAGAAACUAUUUCCGUCCUUGCCAAUAUGGAAAGCCAUUCCCCUCUCAGAACUCACACUCCAUCAUCUUAUGGGCCACUGUCUUCCACAACUACCCACCUCUCCUCCUACCCCACCUGCCAAAAAAGCUAGAAGCUGAACACCAGGGGAUGGAUGGAGAUCAAGGCUGAAGAAAGGCCAGCUGGCAGCAGAGAAUGGCCUUAACAGGUUUCAAUCCCUAACCAACACAGAGAUUCUGCCAGGCCACCAGCCCUGCAGCAUCUUGACCAAGCAGGAAGCUCAGACUGACCCAGUCCAGGUAGCUGCCCGGCUCUGAACAAAAUGGUGCUGGGCCAGCUCUGUGUCAUGGGGCCCUGGAAGGUCUGCAGACGGAGGGUGGACUCCAUGCACCCUCAGAGACCAGCCAGUGUCCUAGGGAAAAACUAAGGCUGAGCAAGAAGAGAGGAACUCAACCAGGGAAAUAAAAGAGGAGGUUUAAGUACAAACCAAAGCCAGCCAUCUUCUCUGCCCAGAGUGGAGAGCUCCCAGGGCUGGCCAGGGGUGGCUGGAUCCAGGACCCUGGUGGUUCUGGGCACUGAUGGGUUAGGAGGCAGACUUGUUCUUCCCUGUCGCCUCCCCAUAAGCUACACAGCCAGGGGAAACUCCUCAGGCAGCAGAGGGGUCCCAACCACAACAGAGGAAGCACUUAGCUAAGAGUCAGAACAAAUAUGUAGACCCCCUAAGGAGCAAGACAGAAAGGGGCCUCUGGGGACCAUCUCAUCCAGCCCCUGCCUGGAGGCGAAGCCCAGGGCACACUGUCUCUCUGGGCCUCAACAAGAGCUACCUGCAGCAUCCCCUUAGGCUGGACAGUGUGAGAAGCAGGCCUGGGCAGGGAAGUCCCCAGGCCUCAGGAAGCGGAGCCCUGCCCUAGAGAGGAUACUACUCAGAUGGAACCAGGGGAAGCUGCUCCACGCUAGCUCCCCACCCACCCACGGGCCAGCCUGCCCUGGGGGGAGGUUCUCCUUCCCUCUGCCCAGACUUUGGUCUGGUUGGAGUGGAACAGCAGGGACCCCUGCACUUGUUGAGGGCAAAUCUGGGUUGCCCACUGCCACUCAAGCCAAUCAGCCACUCUCCCUAGGAGGCUCCCAGGAGGGAAGUCAGAGCUGU